AUGAAAUUCCAAUCAAUCCUCAUAUUCCUCGUAUUCUUGAUUGCCAGUUUGGCCGCUGGAACCUAUGCCGAAACACCGACAUCAACGGCAACCGCACUACCGAAACUACCGAAACCACCGGAAUUUUUUAUUUUAGUUCUCAAAAGUGUUGACAACUCUACCCAAGUAACCAAAGCUGCAUCUAAUGCUUGCAUCGACUUUAGUCGUUUUUCCAUAAAAAAGGCCAGUGCUGACAAAAAUGUUGUUUACAAACUUUACAAUGGUGCAAACUGCACAAACCUUAUUUACACUGGCACGAGUGACACCUACUUUGCUCCUGCGUUGCCAGCCGGUUCCAUAAAACUAAGUUGCCCAGACCCAGUAGUAGGAAGUAGUUUGAAAUUAUAUUAUUAA